AUGAGCUCUCCCUCUACGUCUACGUCUACGUCUCCCUCUACGAGCGGUUCUGUGUUUCGGUUUGUGGUCAAGUGGAUCCUCUUGCCGUACUUGAUUGGUUGGUUUCUAUCUGACUAUGUCCCCACAGAACUGGCUGAUAAGGUUGUGGGUAGCAUCAUGGCUACUGCUGGUAGUAGUAACCAUCAAGUCAAGAAGGGCACCAAUGUGAGCAGUGUCUUUGCCAGUGCUACCAGGAGUGCUGCUAGUACUACCAGUAAUAGGGAGUUGGAGGAAGGCUAUGGCGAUUUGUGCUGGCAGCGCUUCCUGGCUUCCUUGGACAUGAAUGAUGCCAAGAGUGUGCAAG